CUACUAUAGUAACCUCCACUAGGAGCAGGUACCCAAUUUUUCACUUUCACAACGAGUUUUUUGUUCUGUUUCAAUUACUUACAUGUUUCUUGUUCUUCCACCACCCCGACUGAGUCAAUUGCAAAGAACAAAAACGAAAACCAUGUCGACUACUCUCAGCACCUCCACGUGCUGUCGAAGCGCCGUUCGCGGCACGCAGCUGAAACUACAGCACCUAGUGCGGGUUUCUCUACUGCUGGCGACUUCUACUACAACAUGGAAGUCAUCUGCUGACAGCAUCAGCAUCAGCUUGAUCUUGGGGAACGCCGGCGUGCUGGUGUCCGCGAUGCAGGUGAUGGAUAAAAAGAAAAUUUCCACCUCCGGAAUGAAAACUACGCCUGCAAGUACCCAUCAAAAAGUUUUGCAGAAGAGUACUUCUGGAGGAACCACGGCGAGUUCGGCAGCAUCGUUCCGAAGCAAGACCACGAAGAGUAAGCAUUUCGUCGCGCAAGAAGACGAGGACACAUCCGAGACCACUUCACGGAAAAGCAUUAAAAUUUCAGGUCGCGGAGCAGGAGGAGCAGGAGGUUCUUUACUCCAGCGGACGAGUACAACUACUUCUAAAAGUCUCUUGAAACUACACGCGAAAACAAGGGGACAGCACCAGAACUCGAGGAACUUGCUUUCAAGUGAGGACGUAGGUCACAACUCUCUACUGCUUCUUGACGAAGUGAGCGGCGCGGCCACAGCUCUUCCGAGCAAUAGCACACGAGGACACCGACCGAUCACUCUCGGCGACCGUCAGAUAUUCAACGGAGUAGAGGAAAUUAUGACGAACGGCACGAAAUAUGACCACGAGAACGACCAGGACCGUACCAGUAGCGCGACGACCUUCCUAGAACAGCAGCAGAAGCUGAAGGAGAAACAAAAACUGCAGUGGCACUACAAGUACAACGUGAAGUGCGAGCGAACCGUGGGUAAGUUCGUCCCCCAGGCCCCGCAGGAGAUCCAGGCUUACGCAACCGUUGAUCAGGGCCUCCUCUCUCCCGAAUCGGAGCAGAGUCUCUACUGGAACCGCACGGUGAGCCGGUAUAUUGAUGAUCAAGUGGGCUUCCGCGACGAGGGCGGGCCGAUCGGGCGGCUUCUGGUCGUGGUUCCAAGCCUGUACAGCGACAACGUGAAGCCAAGAACUGAGGACCUGUGCAGCGAAUUUGCGACUGAGUUCGAGGACCUCAACGGGCAAACGGAAGACGGAGAGUUAGUGGACGGGAAGGAGGAGCAGUAUCAACGAUUUCACGUGCUCGUCCCCUUUUUUGCGGCUGCCGCCGACGUGGUUGACACCUCGCAAUUUAAGUGGGCGGGCGCUGAGGGAAAUGCCGACACGUCCAACGCCGAAGCCCUGAAGGGACACGUCAAGUCCAGUUCAGGACAUAUGGCGUUCUCAAAUGUCACAUUCUCAACUGUUGCAUGGAUUUGUGAUGCAAGACUGGCAAAAGUGAAAGGGGUCACCUUGCGCGUCUUGUAUGACAGAUCUGGCAAAGAUUCUCGGCCUGUUUGGCUCUUCGGGGAUUUGCCAUGCGAAGCGGCUUGACCGUGUCGAUUCUGAUAGUGAUUUUGCAUUACAAACCAUGUAUCCUUGCAGUUGAGGAUGUAACAUUUGAGAACGCCAUAGGACAGACCGCCUUUGAGGUUUUCGACGUCCUGAUUGGCCGGCUUCUGGGGCGCGUAGAGAAGCAGCUGGUCCUGACGGGCCGCGGAAAAGGCUGCGACUUCCUGCAGCGAUGGAUGCUGGUGAGCAACAUUCCCGUGGAGUUUUUCAACAAGUACCGGGCUCAGGUAUCAAAUGUAAAAAUGUCUGGGUCUGGAAGAAUGCGCGAUUUGCCAUGCUGCUUUUCCAUGACCCAUGAGGUCUGGAAUGCAGGACCUAGCAUGACAGGUUCUGCGAGACCUUUCUAAUGCCUAUCCUGCAUGAGAAACUACCUCCCAACUUGGUCAAAACUGGACGACUUUUGGUAAUCAUGCAACACAGAUUUUUGCAUGCUGCAGAUUUAGCAUGACAAGUUGCAAUCUUCCAGACCCAGACAUUUUUACAUUUGAUAUCAGGUCUUGCUUGGCCAGUGCGACACCUACGGCUACCUCGACCGCUACCGCCCGAACGGGGAGUGGAAAACGUCCAACUGCCGCGGAUAUCAAAUGUAAAAAUGUCUGGGUCUGGAAGAAUGCAACUUGUCAUGCUGCAUUUGGAUUCCAGAAAAAUCUGUAUUGCGUGAGUACCAAAAGGAAUGUAAUUUUUGCUACGCGGAGCGGGCAUUUGUCAUGCGGAAUAGGCAUCAAGAAGCUCUGAAAAAAUAUAAAUCUGUGAUGCUAGGGCAUGCAUCACAGACAUCAAGGCUCAUGCAAAACGUGCAUGACAAGUGUCAGCAUGUUCCAGACCCAGACACUUUUACAGUUGAUAGCGGAACGGACGCCCUAAAGGCGACGUGCGACAAGCCUUCGGAGGGCCAGUGGAUUUCCAGCGAGGACCAUUGGAAAACCCAUGUUGUUCUGCCACCCGAGCUAGACGAUUGCACCAGCCAGAUGGGCUACGGUUCCAGGAGCGACUUCUACCCGAUGUUGGUGAACCACGAAGGUGCUGCGCAGGAAGCUGCCUACCCGCCCGCGCUCGGGAUCGAGUUCGACACAGGAUUCAACCACUGGCUGCCAACGAACACCCCCGCGGAGCCGCAAGCCCCCCUGUGGGUAUCAAAUGCAAAAAUGUCUGGGUCUGGAAGAAUGCAAGAUUUGUCAUGCAUAUUUCUCAUGACCCAUGAUGCCUGCAAUGCAUUCCCUAGCGUCACAGGUUUUUUGAGGGAUUCUUGAUGCCCAUUCCGCAUGACAAAUGCCCUCUCCGCGUAGCAAAAAUUAGAUUCCUUUUGCUGCUCAUGCAACACAGAUUUUUUAGACAUCGAAACGCAGCAUCACAAGUUGCAUUCUUCCAGACCCAGACAUUUUUACAUUUGAUACAGCCUCGCGCUGCCCGAUCGCGUCGUCCCUGUCACCCCCAUUCACAUCGAGACCCUCGAAGAGGUCCUGCGCCCCGUGGUAAAGGACACUGACGGGGACCAAGCUGGCCAAGCCCUCCCCGCGUUCCCGCCCUUCAUGCAAAAGGUCGAGGCCAAGAUCAGUGAUGCGGACACCGAUUCGAUUGAUAACUACCUGAAAGACACCGACAGAAGUGGUGACUAUGUGGUUACCAACUACCUGCACGAGCACGUUUUCCGCCGGUUCCAGGUGCAUCUCACCUUGGACCGCGGGGACCGGUAUCAAAUGCAAUAUAUGUCUGGGUCUGGAACAUUCUAAACUUGUAAUGCUGUCUCUCGAUUCUAAAAAAUUAAAAUUUCCAUUGCAUGACCAGCAAGAAGACUCCAGUUUGUGCUACGCGGAGACGGCAUUUCUCAUGCGGUAGAGGUAUCAGUAUCACAAAGACAAAGCGCUCUAAAAAUCUGUGAUGCUACGGCCAGCAUCACAGUCAUCAUGGGUCAUGGAAAAUAUGCAUGACAUAUCUAGAAAUCUUCCAGACUCAGACAUAUUUGCAGUUGAUAGCCGGUGCCUCUCCUUGUCACACGGGAAUCAGAACGCAGCCGUCCGCGAAGCGUACGAGGCUUCCGCGGAGGUUCAGAGUGCCGACGGUUGUCGGCUGAAAUACGCGUCCAAAGAGUGGUUUUUUGAAGAACAUUUCUGCGAAUUCGGCUCUGCGGCCCGCUUCUACAGCACCAAGAUCGAAGCUCGGCAGCGCGCUAACGCGCAGGGGUUUCACCGGUACCAGCGCGCGAACUCCUGGCGGUUUUGGCUGGAGUGGCGGCUGGAUUUGCAGAACCUGCGGGAGAAAGCGGAAACAGAUUUGGCUUUCGACGUGGUGGAAAACGACGAUUACUACUACAAGUUCUACGACUGUGAGACACUGCUGGAUGGCUACGUCGUAAACGAUCCUGAGAAAAAUUGCCGCCACACCUGGACCUUCAUGAAACAGCUGCUGCGGUCCAUGCUGGUACACGAGGACGACGCCGCGAUCCCGGCGCCGCCCAGCGCCGACGUCGCCCGCAUCGCCGCGGCCUACACGCUGAUCCACACCACGACACCGCCCCCGCCGCUUGAUUGUGUGAAUCUGGCGAGCGAAGGCUACGGCCCCGGCUGGAAGUCCCAAGUGAACGAGGAGACCAGGCAGUCAGAGUGUGUGGAAAACCACUGCCGCUGCAGCUACGGCGAGCCCCUGCAGUCGGCGACCCGCUGCCCCGAGGACGGCGUCACGCCUGGCUGCAAGAACGGCGGUUGCUGGUCGGGAUUUCGCAGCCUGGUGGACGAAGCGGCAACGAAGAACUCGACGGUGGUUGAUGACAACGGCGAAACGCCAGAAGUGCUGCUGUGCGCGCUCAACCAGUGCUACUGCGAGUUCGGAUUACCAUUAGAGCACAGUGCCCUGUGCCCGGAGCACGGGGUCACGCCUGGGUGCUGGCCUGAAAGUAAGUUCUGCCACAAGGGCUACAAGAUUGAAGGGGUGCCCGAUGGAAAUGCCAUUUGCGUCGAGAACACCUGCGAAGAGCCCGGCACGCACAAGGAGGUGGCCUCGAAGGAGUGCGUGGCCAACUACUGCAAGUGCUUCAACGGCGUGCCGCUGCAGAGCGCGGAGUUUUGCCCGGAAAAUUUGUCCACCCCCGGGUGCGAGCCGGGCCAGUGUGACCAGGGCUCGCACGAUAUCGCAAGGAAAAAUCCCCCCUCCCCAUUAUUGAAAAGGCAUCCUUGGGAAAAUUUGUGAUGCAGAUUUGUGGUCACAAAUCAUUUUUGUCUUGCAAGAAGGCAAGCGCUGAGGGAUGAGCCGCAUUAUGGGUGCGAUUUGUCAUGCUGGUUGGCCUACAGGGCAGGCGUUUCCUAUGCUAUACAGCUAGACUCGUGCGCUCCUAAACAGCCUGAGAAUCUGGCCACAAUUCCUUACAGCAAGACAGAUCUCAUUUGUGUACGCAGUUCCAGCAUCAGAAAUUUCGUUUUGAUAUGGGGAGGGGGGAUUUUUCCCUUUGAUGCACGAGAUCACAGAGCCCAAUGACCCGGGAAACACGAACAAGGUUUGCCAACUGAACCACUGCGACUGUGCGUUUGGCGCCGACCUAAUCGGGUGGCCCUGCCCCAAGAACGGGGAGCCGGGGUGCGAGGCCGACAAGUGCAAUCCCGGGUAUGUCCUCGAGCCGGACAGCGUCGUGUGUGUGAGUAGCACGACGAGCACCACGACGACGUCUACUACCACUGUAAACCGGAACGAGCAGGUGUUUCUCAACCAGGAAAAACCGACGAAAGUCAUCGACAAAACCGCGUUUCUAAAUCUCUUGACCAGCGGGGUUGCCAGAAAAGGGCUGAUAUGCAUUGCAAAAGUAUCGCACUCGUGUAAAUGCAUUACAAAUUUCCCCAGCAUGAGAAAUGAAAUUUGUCAUGCGAAUUUACCCUAAGAAAAAAAUUUGUAAUGCAUGAAUGCAAUUACUACGAUACUUUUGCACGGGAUAGCUGACCUUCUGCACCGAAGAGGACGUGGCUACCUUCAACCCGUCGGCGCAGCACAGCUACUGGCCGGAUUAUUUGUACGAUGAAAUCCAUUACCCGGACGCUAGCGGAAAGCUGCAGACCCUGGAAAAGAAAACCGGCCCCGGCAAGACGUACUGCUUCGAGCAGGGGGGGAUUUUGUAUGACGGCGAAGUGAUAUGAAACUGCACAGCCCCCCCUCGUCUCCCUCAUUUGUCAUGCAAAAUACCAAAUCCAAGCGCUGCUGCGUGGUACUGUUUGCAUGACAGAUUCCGGAAGCCCAAACAGUACCACACUAGGCGCAUGAAUUUGUCAUGCAAAGGCUCCAUGUGCGGUGGUGUUUGUAUUGCUGUUCAUGCAAUACAAAUGAGGGGGAGGGGGAGUUGUGCACAUUCAUAGGUGAAAACCGGGCUGCUUCAUCUGGAGGACCUCACGGACGCCAACCUGAAGGCAAACCGCUUCGAAAAUUGCGGACAUUUCAUGGAGCACCUAUGACAAUGCACAACAACUCCCCCUGCGGCCCCUCAUUUGUCAUGCAAAACACCAAAUCCGCGCUUUUCUCUUUGGCACUAGUUGCAUGACAGAUUUCGGAAGUCGAAACAGCACUAGAAUCGGUCGUGAAUUUGUCAUGCAAAAGCUGCAUGUAUGCCAGCACUUGUGUUGCUGCUUAUGCCUUUCAAAUGAGGGAAUAAAGGGGGAGCUGUGCACUCUCAUAGCACUGCGGCAAGUACGAGAACGAAGACAUUCCGCAGGCAUCCUGGGCGGAUUGCGGCAAGAACAUGGCCAAGGCGGGGGGGUUUCAACAUGCCGGCCACGGAACAUCAAAUUCUACCGCGGGCGACGAGAAUGUUGACCUUGAGAACGACCUCCCCGAGGAAGAGGAGGACGGGGGCGGGGUUGUCCCCUCCGAGUUUGACAAGAUCCGGAAGUACGAAACGCCGUGGGCAGUGGUUUGCUUCGAAAACAAGAGCCCGUUUAAGCCGCACUGGGUGAUCACCCCAGUGGAGGUGUUUACGGAAAUUUGGAAGAAAUCCAAAAUGUUUUUCACCUCGGAGUACCCGAAAACCACGUUCGUUUCCACGACGAACAACUACAACUUUCGGGCUGCGGAAGACGACGGCGAGGAGGCAGAGAAGUUGUACCGGCUGCUCACGUGGAGUAGUAGUAGUACUUCUACUUCUAAUGAGGAAGAGGAACAAGCAGUGGUGGCAGGAUCUUCAACAACUGACGGACAAGAAGCAGGGGAAGAACAAACUGACCCUCCUCCUCCCGCCGACGCGGGAUUUCCGCCUUCCUACGCCCCCAUGGUGCUGUGGGUGGGCAAGGGUGCGACCACUUUGUACGUGAAAAACGCGUAUCAAAUGCAAAUAUCGAUCUGGGUCUGGAAGGAUGCAAACUUGUGAUGCUGUCUGUGGAUUCUAGAAAAAAUUUGUAUUGCGUGACCAGCAAUGGGAAUCCAGUUUGUGCUACGAGGAGAGUUGUGCAUUUCUCAUGCGGAAUAGGCAUCGGGAAGGCCUCUGAAAAUCUGUGAUCAUGCUAGGCCAUGCAUCACAGGCAUCAGGGGCCAUGCAAAAUAUGCAUGACAAACCUGGCAAAAAUCUUCCAGACCCAGACAUAUUUGCAAGGCAUAACGCUCUCUCGCCGGGCACCGCGCAGAGCGCGGACUGGGUGGACUGCCCGGCGGGGCCGGACCGGGACCGCUUUGGCAAUCCGGCCGUCUACCUGAACGUGGAAAAACCUUCCAAGGAAGGGUGGGAAGAGGCUUUCGCCUCGCGCGAGGCGCCGGGCGGGCUGCAGUGGUGCGGCGCAGGCCUGUCGAUGGUGGACCAAGUGAAGCACCCGCCCUCGCCCGACUGCACGCCCGAAGAUUUGAUCGUGCCCAGCCGCUGGCCCUACUACUUCUCCGAAACGAAAGCGACCCUGAGCAUCGAAGCCCGGGCGCUGAUCCAGGACGUGGAAGCGGAAAGCCACCCGGUUUCCGAUAAAAAGGAGCCCUACUGCUUCGAAAAGGGCGGGGUUCUGUACAACAACGAGGUGCGGGACCUGCUGGCUAUUGACACGCUGACCGACGAAAAUUUGAAGAAGAACGACUUGACCAACUGCGCGCGGUGGAUGACCGGUAAAAACGACAACAGCAACCCGGACGAGUACCCAGCGGACCAGCCGUAUGAGUGUGUCAGAAUCGAAAUCGAAAAAGUUGAAAUGCUUUGUCAUGCAUAAAAUGCAACCCACAAAGUGCCUGUCUUGCAGAGUAGGCAAGUGAGGCAGAUUGUAUUAAGCCUGUUGAGGGGUGCUAGAAACUGAGCUGCUAAAGUAGCAUGACAAAAGGCGUCUUCCUUACGCAAACAGCAUGACAAACUGGAUUUCGGCUCUACCCAAAUUUCUCAUGCGCCACUUCGAAACUGGGUUACAACUCGUACGCAUUUUAUGCAUGACAACUCAUUUGAACUUUGUCGAUUUCGAUCCUGACGCUUCCAUAAGCCGUUUAUGCUGGUGUCCGCGCCCGGGGGGUUUGGGAAGAACAUGCCGGCGCUGUUCAAGGACUCGGUGUUUCCCUGGGCGGUGUAUCCACAGUAAAUUUCCCGUACACGUACAAAUGCUGUCUCUGCAUGACAAAACUGACCUUCAAUCUUAGUCAGCAUGACAAGUUUCUUGACACUCAAAGUUAGACAAAUUUGUCAUGCAUUUUGUACAUGUGCGGGAAAUUUGUAUUGCAUAGGGUGGUGUGCUUCGAGAACCAGUACCCCAGCUCGCCCAAGACCGUGCUCAGCGACAAGUUGUUUUUCCUGACUUUCACCAACCCGAAGGGCCUGCUCGCGGAAAACGGCGAAGACAACUUUCAGCUGCACGCUAUGGCGCUCUCAAACGUUACAUUCUCAACUGUUACAUGAAUUUGUGAUGCAAGAAGGGCAAAAGUGAAAGGAGGAAGAUUGCGCCUUUUGCAUUACAGAUUUGGGACGGAUUAGAGUGCUAUUUAGCCCUCCGCAAAUUUGUCAUGCGGAGUAGCUUGAUCGUGAGGAUGAUCAUAGUGCUUUUGCAUUACAAAUUCAUGUAACAGGAGCUGCGAAUAUAACAUUUGAGAACUCCAUACACGCCCCGGAGCUGCUCGAGUUGCUGUUUGCUACCGACAAGUACCCGGGUUUGAUGCUGUGGGUUGGCAAGGCGCACAAAACCGUGUUUUUCAAAAACAGCUUCACCAAGGCCACGGAGACAAGCAUCGGCGAGCUGAUUACCACUGCGGAGCCAAAGGCGCAAGAGUCGCUAACUCCGAAAGACGACGGCGCUGUUGCGACUGAGGCGCCGGCGACAACGGCGCCGCCCGGGUGUUGUUAG